AUGUCCCCAACUGGUUUAUCACCGGAUAGUUCACAAGCUGGUUCAAGUAAUUUUACAACAGCAUCAACGAAUAUUUCAAGAAAUUCUUCAAUGUCAACAAAUAAUAUAGUUAAACAUCAAAAACAUUUACAGAAUGCUUUUGAAGUUUUUGAAAAAAGUUUUAGUGCUUCUGCUGCUGAUCAAAAACAACAUGAUAUUACACCCCCACCUUCUCAUACUAUGGCUAUGGUAGUUUCAUCUGCUUUACUAAUAAAUCAAAAACUACGUUCAACAAUGAACCAAUUGGAUAUGGAUCAUUCAAUAUCAACAGCACGUCGUAUCUUAUCUAAUCCAUCAUCACCAGGUUUACCACCACAACAUCAACAAGAUGCGGUUGAUCAACCACUAUCACUUAAUCCUUAUUCAACUGCAUCACCAACAGCAACAUCAACAUCUUCACGAUUAUUAGAUUAUAAAGAACGUCGUUCACGUCGUUUUUCUAGUGGUAAUUAUGGUGCUUCAACAUAUUUUAGUACCGGUGGCGCCGCUAAUAUUCACCAAUAUCUUCCGUCAUGUGAAUUGCCACGUUUAAAUCAAAGAUAUAGUACUUUGAUGGCAGGAAUUAAAGUCAGCUCAUAUUUUAUCAAUAUAUCACCUGAAAAAUGGAAAAUUUCCGAGUUUUACAAGUAUCGCCAGCAAGGAAAUGACUUUACCAGCUCGUUUUGGAAGGAAGCUUUUAUACUUAGGAGAUCUCUCAAUUAUCUUAUGAAAGGAGACUCAUCAGAAGUCAAGAAUUAUGCUACUCUAUUGGAUAAAAAUUUCAAGGCACGUAAUGGUCAUCGUACAAGUGAUAUGGAUUCAAAGUUAUUCUGGGACAAGAUCGAGUUACAAUUAGAUUUUCAUGCUGAAAUUGAAAUGAGAGAGAGGGAGAUGCAGUUAGCCGAGAAUGAAUGUUUCAUUCAGACUGAUGAAUGGGUCCCAACGAAAUGGAAAAAAAUGGAUUAUUUUUCAGUCACUCCUCUCCAACGUGAACAGGACCAACCACCACAUCCUCCUCCAGAUCAAAUCUAUUCGUUAGGUGCUUUGUCAAAUGCCUUCGUCCCCCCUUAG